AUGAGCUACAGUAGAGGCGUUCUGAUGUACAACUUCAACGAGGACCGAUUUGGUGAUGACCUGCAAAACAAGCCAAAGGUUGACGAUGGUCCCAAGAUGAGCGUUUCCCACACGGUUCACAACUGGAAGACUCCUUCUACCGGGAAGGCCGAGAAUCCUUCACCAGGAUUGGACAGGCAUGUUCUGUUCGGGCACACUGGCGACAUGCGAGACCCGCACACGAACCUGCAGAAAGUGGAUUUCAUGACUACCAACCAGUAUUUCCAGCAGGAGUUCGCCAAAGCACGUCGAUAA